GUCGUGGAUAAAGUCUUCACACACAACUUCCGAUCAUCAACAAUGGCAACCGUCUCGUCAUUCUCCUCUCCGUCUUGGCCAAACCCUAACCCUAACUCCAACUCCGACCACCACUCCUCCACGGCCACCACCGCCGACGCCGGCGACGACCUCGCAUCACUACUAGCACCAAUCAAAUUAACCUCCGCUCAACCACCGCAACCUCAACACACUCACGAAGACGGCGACGAUAACGUUCGUGAUUGGCUCAACCAGUUUCUUCCAGACUCUGAACAUCCGGAUCCGGAUCGUCACGAUGUAACCGAUCCGGAUCCGGCUCCGGUAACCGCUCCGGUUUACGACGGUAACCUAAAUUCAAAUGUUUCAAACCCUAACAUGAACACGCCUGAUUUGAAUCGAUCUAUUUCGCUGUUACACGUUUCGUUUAAUCAGGAUCACGGUUGUUUUGCUUGUGGAAUUAAUCAUGGAUUUAGAAUUUAUAACUGUGAUCCGUUUCGCGAGAUUUUCAGACGAGAUUUUGAAAACGGAGGUGGCAUAGGGACGGUAGAGAUGUUAUUUCGUUGUAAUAUACUUGCGUUAGUUGGUGGCGGCUCGGAACCGCAGUAUCCGCCAAAUAAGGUUAUGAUUUGGGAUGAUCAUAAGAGUAGGUGUAUUGGUGAGUUGUCGUUUCGGUCUGAGGUUCGGGGAGUUCGGUUGAGGAGGGAUAGGAUUGUUGUUGUGUUGGAGCAGAAGAUACUUGUGUAUAAUUUUGCGGAUUUGAAGCUGUUGCAUCAGAUUGAGACGUUUGCGAAUCCGAAGGGGCUGUGUGAGGUUUCGCAGGGGUCGAGUAAUUUUGUACUUGUGUGUCCCGGGUUGCAGAAGGGGCAGGUUCGUGUUGAGCAUUAUGGUUUGAAGAAAACGAAGUUUAUUUUGGCUCAUGAUUCGAGGAUUGCGUGUUUUACGCUGGCGCAGGAUGGGCAUAUUAUUGCUACUGCUAGUAGCAAGGGGACGCUGAUUCGGAUUUUCGAUACGCAUGAUGGGACUCUGUUGCAGGAGGUAAGAAGGGGUGCAGACAGAGCAGAAAUAUACAGCCUUGCAUUCUCAUCUAAUAUCCAGUGGCUAGCAGUCUCAAGUGACAAGGGCACUGUUCAUGUUUUUAACCUCAAACCUGGUCAUGGAAGCCAAGGCGUUGAUAAGGCUACUGAAUCAUCCAACCAUAAUUCCCCUGCUCACACGUCAAGCUCAUCCCUCUCUUUCAUUAAAGGAGUCUUGCCCAAGUACUUCAGCUCAGAGUGGUCAGUGGCCCAGUUUCGUUUGGUUGAAGGUUCACAAUACAUUGUUGCGUUUGGCCACCAGAAGAAUACAGUUGUUAUUCUUGGCAUGGAUGGAAGUUUUUAUAGAUGCCAAUUUGAUCCUACAACCGGUGGGGAGAUGACGCAACUGGAAUAUCGUAAUUUUGUGAAGCCUGAAGACUCUCUCUAAGCACUUGAAAAAACAUGAACAUAAGUAUGUUAUAUAUUCAUGGUCUGCCUGCAUAAAUGGUAAAUAAUUUUGUAAAUAUUUACUUAACUGUUGUAAACUUAUAUGCUCCUUUCUGACUUUAAAAAUGGGCAGUGCUUCCUUAAAAGUUCAAAAUCCCACUGGUUUUUGUUU